UUCGCUAGCUGUAGAGAGACGAGAAACCAUACCUUCAAAAUGGAGGCAAUAGCUGACAGGAUUGUGAUCUUUCUUCAAUUUUAAGUGAAUUGUGUGGUGAUUCCGACAGUUUUAAUGCCGAAAUUAAUGAUUCAGAUUCCAGUUCAAACCAGGAGAUGGAAGAGUCUACGAAUAUUAAUACCAGUAUAUAUGGGAUGGUGCUACCACAACAGAAUUUAUCCUGGGAAUAAAGACAUCCCAAUGAAAAUGUCAAAGAAAGUGAAGAAACAACAACUGAGAAAACUUGCAAGGACUAGUGGACUCGAAUACUCUACUAAACAAGAUACUGUGAUUGAGAUGUCCUGGUCCUGGAGGUGGAAGGAUCUGCUCACAGUGGAGGCAGCUCCUGUUAGUAAACUUUACGGAACUGUGGGUACAGCUCCAACAUUUAUCCUCAUGAAACCAACUUCAGAAACUGAUAGGAAGUACAGAAAACUGAUUCCAGACAUUCCUUAUUUGACCACGAGCAUCGGCGACCAGGACCCAGAAUUGUGAAAGCACUCAUGCAGGCAACUACAGCAAUGCCUUCAUUCCUUGGUGCUCGCCUAGUGGAACUUUGACAAGAUCUUUCACCCAAAGCACACGAAACAAAUGUCAAAGGAGAACCAGUGGCAGGUUCAGACCUACAUUGUGUGAUAAGAAAAAAUGCCAAACAGAUUGAUCACUGGGGUUUCACAAUGCAAAGUCAACUUCACAAAAUAGUGCUUCAGCAGUGAUGAUGAAAUUUGCCAUUGUGGUGGCCUGCAGGAGCAUCAACAUCUAUUCGUCUGGUAACAGGAACCUACUGUGCACACUACUAAGAGUGAUCUUGCUGCAGCUAAGAAAGCAGCCAAAAUUGUCAAAUAGUGGGCUCUCCACAGAAUUUGAAGAGAAUUAGCUUGCUGUUUUUUUAAAUCUUGCUGUCUGUAUUUUAUCAGUUCUUGUUGUACAUAUUUUUCUCUGUAUUUUUACUGUUAUUAAUUUCUAUCUGUAUGUUACUGAAUUUCCUCUGUUACUGAAUUUCCUCUGUAACUGAUUUUUUAUAUGUAUUAAAUCUCAAUAUGUAUGUUAUUAAUGCUCUGUCAGUAUUGUAAUAAUUCAAUG